CGAGGCCUCGCCUCUUUACGUGCUCUGGGCUUGGCUGCCGUGAGGUCCAGGUGCAGCGGCCGAGGGGGGCUCGCGGGCGCGCGGAGCAGGACGCUUCCCUGCCUGGCCCGCAGCCUGCGGAGCCGCGCACCCGGCCCGGGACCGCGCGCGCGGGGCGAGGGAGGCGUGGCCGGAUCCGGGGCGCCGGUGGGCCGGGACUGCUCCGCCGCCUUCUGCCCGGCGGGCAGCGCGGAGCCGGGCCCAGACCAUGUCGCCUGAAGAAUGGACUUACCUAGUGGUGCUUCUCAUCUCCAUCCCCAUCGGCUUCCUCUUUAAGAAAGCUGGACCUGGGCUGAAGAGAUGGGGGGCAGCAGCCGUGGGCCUGGGGCUCACCUUGUUCACCUGUGGCCCCCACACUUUGCAUUCUCUGAUCACCAUCCUUGGGACCUGGGCCCUCAUCCAGGCCCAGCCCUGCUCCUGCCACGCCCUCGCCCUGGCCUGGACCUUCUCGUACCUGCUGUUCUUCCGUGCGCUCAGCCUGCUGGGCCUUCCCACCCCCACGCCCUUCACCAAUGCGGUUCAGCUGCUGCUCACACUCAAGCUGGUGAGCCUGGCCAGUGAAGUACAGGACCUGCACUUGGCCCAGAGGAAGGAAAUGGCCUCAGGUUUCAGCAAGGGGCCCAGCCUGGGGCUCCUGCCCGACGUCCCCUCCCUGAUGGAGACACUCAGCUACAGCUACUGCUACGUAGGAAUCAUGACAGGCCCAUUCUUCCGCUACCGCACCUACCUGGAUUGGCUGGAGCAGCCCUUCCCGGGAGCCGUGCCCAGCCUGCGGCCCCUCCUGCGCCGAGCCUGGCCGGCCCCCCUCUUCGGGCUGCUAUUCCUGCUGUCCUCACACCUCUUCCCGCUGGAGGCCGUGCGUGAGGACGCCUUCUACGCCCGCCCGCUGCCCGCCCGCCUCUUCUACAUGAUCCCCGUCUUCUUCGCCUUCCGCAUGCGCUUCUACGUGGCCUGGAUUGCCGCUGAGUGCGGCUGCAUUGCUGCCGGCUUCGGGGCCUACCCUGUGGCCGCCAAGGCCCGGGCCGGGGGCGGCCCCACCCUCCAAUGCCCACCCCCCAGCAGUCCGGAGAAGGCGGCUUCCCUGGAGUACGACUAUGAGACCAUCCGCAACAUCGACUGCUACGGCACUGACUUCUGCGUGCGGGUGCGGGAUGGCAUGCGGUACUGGAACAUGACGGUGCAGUGGUGGCUGGCACAGUAUAUCUACAAGAGCGCACCUGCCCGCUCCUAUGUUCUCAGGAGCGCCUGGACCAUGUUGCUGAGCGCCUACUGGCACGGCCUGCACCCUGGCUACUACCUAAGCUUCCUGACCAUCCCGCUGUGCCUGUCAGCUGAGGGCUGGCUGGAGUCAGCCCUGCGGGGGCGGCUCAGCCCCGGGGGCCAGAAGGCCUGGGACUGGGUGCACUGGUUCCUGAAGAUGCGGGCCUACGAUUACAUGUGCAUGGGCUUUGUGCUGCUGUCCCUGGGAGACACCCUCCGGUACUGGGCCUCUGUCUACUUCUGCGUCCACAUCGUGGCUGUGGCCGCCCUGCUGCUGGGGCUGGCCCUGGGUGGGGGCAGCCCCGGCCGCAGGAAGACGUCACCCCAGGCCGCCAGCCUCGCCCCAGAAAAACUCCGGGAGGAGUAGGCCACCACCGUGACACCCCUUUGCCCGCCACUUCAGCCACUAAGCUUCUGCCUGGGAAUUCCAUGAACCAGGCUGCUGUCUCCUUUCCCAGAAAGAGCCCCGGAUUGGGCUGGGGCCUGGAGAGGAUUCCCUCAGCUCUGCACCCCACCCUCCCCCAGCAAGGCAGGGCUGCUCUCCCUGCUCCCCUGCCCUGACCCGAGGGCUCAGGAAGCUCAGACUUCCCUUCUGGAAAGUUCAGGUGUUGUCUAGAAGAAUCUCCCUUGGUCCCUGCCCCAGCUGCCAGGUCUUCAGAGCGAGCUACCCGCUCCCCAGCCCCCCAACAGGGCCACGGGGAUUCUCGGGCAAAUUGCCUGUUUCUGGCUCCACGGUGUGAGGCCAGGAGCCUCAGGGCAGGCCCUGGGAGUGGGAACCUCUCUCAUGGGCUUUCCCCCUUUCAUCAAGCAGUGUUUCAGGCCGGGAAGGGAACAUUUCACAACGGGUAAACUGAGGCAGCUAGAAGCUGCAGCUUCCAUCUGAGCCACCUCAGGGUCCCAGUGCUUCUGUCACCCUCUUGUCAUUUUCUGGCCUAAGGUAGGGUCAGACUGUGUGAACCUCCCCCAAUAAAAUGUUCCAAGAGGUC